UGUGUGCUGCAUGUGUUUGGUGGUUUGGGUUGAUGAAGACCAGGCUGUGAGUUUUACUCGCUCAGUUACAGAGACAGUGGGUUCAUCUACACCCCCUCCACUUCUCUUCACACUUGUGGACUGAGAUGGUAAAAAUAAUGUGCAGACAAAAUGCUUUAAUACUGUAGCAGUGCAACACUUCCUCAGUUUGCAGCAACUAAUUCAGCACAAGAGGAAACACAAUUGUGCAGAACAAAACGCCUUAACCUCACACCUCUUCAUCUCUCACGCUUUUCUUUAUUCUCUGUUUGGCCGUCAGACAUGAGGGGUUGAAGACGCAUGAACCAAUAGCAAUGAUGUCCCUAAAAAUGGAGAUUCCACUUUGUAUGAUGUUUCUCCUCGUGAUCUCAGGAGCUCUUGGGAAUCAAUGGAGUGUGAAAUACAGCAAACUACAUCUUUGUGCUGUAAAAGGAUCUACAGUGGUUAUGGAGGCCACUUACACACAUCCAACAGAUGUUACAGUGAUAAACAGGUUUUGGUUUAUAAACCCAGUUAAGGGUGUAGAACCGACUGAUCUGAGUAAUGAAUCAGGUUACUCAGGCAGAGUGGAGUAUUUAGGAGAUAAACAGAAUCACUUCUCCCUCAGACUGAGUGAUGUGAAGAAAUCAGAUGAACACAUUUACAGCUUCAGAUUCAUAACAACUAAAGAUAAAUAUCAGGGUUAUCCUGGAAUUACACUCAGAGUUACAGAUCUUCAGCUGAUCGCUCCUGCAGAAGUGACAGAGGGAGAAUCAGUCAUUCUGACCUGUAAAACCACCUGCAGUCUGACUGAUCCAACAUUCAUCUGGUACAAAAACACACAUGAUUUAACCACAAACACCUUCAAGAGCAACAAACUCCACCUGCAGAGGGUCAGCAGUGAGGAUGCAGGCAGUUAUAACUGUGCUGUAAGAGGAUCUGAACAUCUCCCAUCUCCUGCUCAAUACCUCAGUGUCAGAUAUCCUCCAAAGAACGUCUCUAUCAGUCUCUCUGGUGAGAUUGUGGAGGGCAGUUCAGUGACUCUGACCUGCAGUAGUGAUGCAAACCCACCUGUGGAGACCUACACCUGGUUUAAUAGAACAACAUCAGUGGGGAAAGGAAAGACCUUCACCAUCUCUAAAGUCAGAACUGAAGACAGUGGAGAGUACAAGUGCAUGUGCAGUAAUGAAGUCGGGCAUCAGAACUCCACCAGUGUAACUCUGAAUGUUCUGUAUCCUCCAAAGAACGUGUUCAUCAGUUCCUCUGGUGAGAAAGUGGAGGGAAUUUCAGUAACUCUGACCUGCAGCAGUGACAGUAACCCACCUGUGGAGACCUACACCUGGUUUAAGGAGAAUGAAACAUCACCUGUAGGAUCAGGACAGAGUUACAGAGCUCUACAGAGUGGACUGUACUACUGUGAGGUUCAGAAUAAACUCGGCUCUGAGAGAUCAGCUGCAGUGGCCAUCAUUAUAAAUGGUGAAUGUGUAAUUGUGAAUGUGGCUGCUGGACUUGGUAUUUUUGCACUUGGAGCUCUUCUCUCUGCCCCCUUCUGGCUGAGAUGCAGGAGACAGAAGAAAAAGGCAGAUGAAGGUGACUAUCAGAACGUUGGGCUGAGUGCUAAAGACGACACGUAUGCAGCUCUCGACCCUGCAGACCGGAAAUCUGAUGAUGUUUAUCACACACUUGCAAUUUCUCAUCCCAGUCCUGCUGAUGUGGACACGAGCUCUUGGGAAUCAAUGGAGUGUGAAAUACAGCAAACUACAUCUCUGUGCUAUCCUCCAAAAAUCUCUAUCAGUCUCUCUGGUGAGAUUGUGGAGGGCAGUUCAGUGACUCUGACCUGCAGCAGUGAUGCAAACCCACCUGUGGAGACCUACACCUGGUUUAAGGGGAUAACUUCAGUGGGGAAAGGAAAGAACUUCACCAUCUCUAAGAUCAGUUCUGAAGACAGUGGAGAGUACAAGUGCAUGUGCAGUAAUGAAGUCGGGCAUCAGAACUCCACCAGUGUAACUCUGAAUGUUCUGUAUCCUCCAAAGAACGUGUCCAUCAGUCCCUCUGGUGAGAUUGUGGAGGGAAGUUCAGUAACUCUGACCUGCAGCAGUGACAGUAACCCACCUGUGGAGACCUACACCUGGUUUAAGGAGAAUGGAUCAUCACGUGUAGGAUCAGGACAGAGUUACAGAGCUCUACAGAGUGGACUGUACUACUGUGAGGUUCAGAAUAAACUCGGCUCUGAGAGAUCAGCUGCAGUGUCCAUCACUAUAACCAUAGAUCAGAGUGUAGGUGUGUAUGCAGGUGUUGGGGGUGUUGGGGUUGUGUGUGUUUGUGUCAUUGGUGUCAUCAUCUUGUGUAAAAGCAGGAAAAAUAAAAGAAUUGACCAAAGUGUGAAAGAGGAUUUUUAUGAAAAUGUAGCUGUGAAUAGAGUCAACGCUGCAUCUGGUUCAGCCUCGGCCAAACAGGAUGAAGUCCUGUAUGCUAAAGUUGUACGCCAGCGUGCUGUUGAUCUCGGGGAUGCUGGAAGUUCUGCUGCAAUCACUUCUGCCUCUGGGGAGGACGAGGUUCAGUACGCUAGUGUUAAAUUUACACGCACUGGUGCUGAUGACAGGUCUUCCAAUGCUGAGGAUCUCAGAGAACCCCUGCCCGAGCCACCACUGGAGGGCCUCAUGUGCAGGAGCCCGAGCGGAACUAUGCUGGAUGCUGCCGCCAUGAGCCCUAGCAGCCUCUGGAACUGCCGUACAGUGAGUGGCUGGCCUUCCCGCACCCUCCUGACGGCCGUAAGGAUGACCUCGACCCGAGCAGGCGACAACUGUGCCUGCAUCCCGGCCGCGUCCCAUACCACGCCCAAAAAGCCGAAACCCAAGCACCUUCAUGCAGGAGAGGACGACAUCUCGAUGCCGAAUCGCCUGGUGCUCCGAGGGAGCCAUGAUCAACCAAUCGUCGAUGUAAUUCACAAUGCGGAUGCCCUGAAGCCGCAGCGGGGCCAGUGCAGCAUCGACGCACAACGUGAAGGUGCGGGAUCUACAGUGACGAACCAGUCCCCGGACCUGAUAAGCGUCACGACCCCCUUGAGGAGCAGCUGGGGCGGGGCCCUGCAGCUGAAGACACCUCGAAAGAGGCGGCGUGGCCCCCCCAUCCGUACCGAGACUUUGGGCAGAAGUGGAGGGAGACACCCGCUGGAGGGCGGCCGCGCUCUGAAGCACAUCCUGUGGCAGAGUCCACGGCCCGGCCUCCUGGUGGUGCGGGGGAGGGACGGGCACCGUAGCGUGAGGCGAACUCCGCCCCCUCGACUGAAAACCGUCAGGAUUUCCGCUGCAGCCCGUUUGCUGGAGCCGAGGGUGACCUUCAGGUCAGCCCGCUCCUUCUUGGGCCCAGAGCGACGCCUGGGCCCUUUAGGACCCGCCCGCGGAGACCGGGUGGCGACGCCUGUUUCUGUGCUUGCGGUGCCGGAAGGACCAGGCUGGGGCUGCCGCCGACCAGCCCCACGUGACCGGCGAGGGAGACCAGGAGGAGCCAUCGGUGCGUUCAAGAGCACAGCUCGAUCCUUGUCCGGGAGGUCGGACAGGGUGAGCCACAGAUGCCGCUCUGUGGCUACCAGGGCCGCCAUGGACCGACCAACGGCCCGCGCCGUGUGCCGUGGCCGAAGGGUUAGGUCGGCAGCGCGACGCAACUCCUUAAUGUCGGUGGCCCCGGAGCUAAGUCCCUCAUCCAAGUCACGCAGCAGAACUGGACACCUCGGCGUGCAGAUCAGGAAAACGGCAGGCCCGGCGCCGAGGCGACACAGGGCGCGAAAACGCUCAUCCAGCUUACUGGAACCAAUAGCAAUGAUGUCUCUAAAAUUGAAAAUUCCACUUUGUUUGAUGUUUCUCCUCGUGAUCUCAGGAGCUCUUGGGAAUCAAUGGAGUGUGAAAUACAGCAAACUACAUCUCUGUGCUGUAAAAGGAUCUACAGUGGUUAUGGAGGCCACUUACACACAUCCAACAGAUGUUACAGUUAAUAACAGGUUUUGGUUAAUAAACUUAGUUAAGGGUGUAGAACCGACUGAUCUGAGUAAUGAAUCAGGUUACUCAGGCAGAGUGGAGUAUUUAGGAGAUAAACAGAAUCACUUCUCCCUCAGACUGAGUGAUGUGAAGAAAUCAGAUGAAAACAUGUACUGCUUUAGAAUCAUAAUAACUGGAGAUGGAUAUCAGGGUCAUCCUGGAAUUACACUCCGUGUUACAGAUCUUCAGGUGAUCGCUCCUGCAGAAGUGACAGAGGGAGAAUCAGUCAUUCUGACCUGUAAAACCACCUGCAGUCUGACUGAUCCAACAUUUAUCUGGUACAAAAACACACAUGAUUUAACCACAAACACCUUCAAGAGCAAUGAACUCCACCUGCAGAGGGUCAGCAGUGAGGAUGCAGGCAGUUAUAACUGUGCUGUAAGAGGAUCUGAACAUCUCCCAUCUCCUGCUCAAUACCUCAGUGUCAGAUAUCCUCCAAAGAACAUCUCAGUGUCCAUCAGUCCCUCUGGUGAGAUUGUGGAGGGCAGUUCAGUGACUCUGACCUGCAGCAGUGACGCAAACCCACCUGUGGAGACCUACACCUGGUUGAUGGGGACAACAUCAGUGGGGAAAGGAAAGACCUUCACCAUCUCUAAUAUCAGCUUUGAAGACAGUGGAGAGUACAAGUGCAUGUGCAGUAAUGAAAUCGGACAUCAGAACUCCACCAGUGUAACUCUGAAUGUUCUGUAUCCUCCAAAGAGAGUCUCAGUGUCCAUCAGCAUCUCUUCUAACCAAGUGAAGGAAAGUUCAGUGACUCUGACCUGCAGCAGUGACAGUAACCCACCUGUGGAGAACUACACCUGGUUUAAGGAGAAUGAAGCAUCACCUGUAGGAUCAGGACAGAGUUACAGAGCUCUACAGAGUGGACUGUACUACUGUGAGGUUCAGAAUAAACUCGGCUCUGAGAGAUCAGCUGCAGUGUCCAUCACUAUAAAUGGUGGCUCGGUGAUUGUGUAUGUGGCUGCUGGAUUUUUUGCACUUGGAGCUCUUCUCUCUGCCCCCUUCUGGCUGAGUUGCAGGAGACAGAAGAAAAAGGCAGAUGAAGGUGAUCAUCAGAACGUUGGGCUGAGUGCUAAAGACGACACGUAUGCAGCUCUCAACACUGCAGGCCGGAAAUCUGAUGAUGUUUAUCACACACUUGCAAUUUCUCAUCCCAGUCCUGCUGAUGUGGACACUUGCAGCAACAAAUUCAGAGAAAGAGGAAAAAGCAACAACUCGUCUGAAACAACCUUCUAUUCUCACGCUUUUCUUUACUCUGUUUGGUCGUCGUACAUGAAGGUCGAGGAACACGGAGCUCUUGGGAAUCAAUGGAGUGUGAAAUACAGCAAACUACAUCUCUGUGCUGUAAAAGGAUCUACAGUGGUUAUGGAGGCCACUUACACACAUCCAAGUGAUACAGUGAAUAACAGGUUUUGGUUUAUAAACCCAGUUAAGGGUGUAGAAGCGACUGAUCUGCGUAAUGAACCAGGUUACUCAGGCAGAGUGGAGUAUUUAGGAGAUGAACAGAAUCACUUCUCCCUCAGACUGAGUGAUGUGAAGAAAUCAGAUGAACACAUGUACUAUUUCAAAUUCAUAACAACUAAAGAUAAAUAUCAGGGUAAAUCUGGAAUUACACUCAGAGUUACAGAUCUUCAGCUGAUCGCUCCUGCAGAAGUGACAGAGGGAGAAUCAGUCAUUCUGACCUGUAAAACCACCUGCAGUCUGACUGAUCCAACAUUCAUCUGGUACAAAAACACACAUGAUUUAACCACAAACACCUUCAAGAGCAACAAACUCCACCUGCAGAGGGUCAGCAGUGAGGAUGCAGGCAGUUAUAACUGUGCUGUAAGAGGAUCUGAACAUCUCCCAUCUCCUGCUCAAUACCUCAGUGUCAGAUAUCCUCCAAAGAACGUGUACAUCAGUCUCUCUGGUGAGAUUGUGGAGGGCAGUUCAGUGACUCUGACCUGCAACAGUGAUGCAAACCCACCUGUGGAGACCUACACCUGGUUUAAUAGAACAACAUCAGUGGGGAAAGGAAAGACCUUCACCAUUUCUAAAGUCAGUUCUGAAGACACUGAAAAGUACAAGUGCAUGUGCAGUAAUAAAGUCGGGCAUCAGAACUCCACCAGUGUAACUCUGAAUGUUCUGUAUCCUCCAAAGAACGUGUUCAUCAGUUCCUCUGGUGAGAAAGUGGAGGGAAUUUCAGUAACUCUGACCUGCAGCAGUGACAGUAACCCACCUGUGGAGACCUACACCUGGUUUAAGGAGAAUGAAACAUCACCUGUAGGAUCAGGACAGAGUUACAGAGCUCUACAGAAUGUACUGUACUACUGUGAGGUUCAAAAUAAACUCGGCUCUGAGAGAUCAGCUGCAGUGGCCAUCAUUAUAAAUGGUGAAUGUGUAAUUGUGAAUGUGGCUGCUGGACUUGGUAUUUUUGCACUUGGAGCUCUUCUCUCUGCCCCCUUCUGGCUGAGAUGCAGGAGACAGAAGAAAAGGCAGAUGAAGGUGACUAUCAGGAGCUCUUGGGAAUCAAUGGAGUGUGAAAUACAGCAAACUACAUCUCUGUGCUUUAAGGAUGUAGAACCGACUGAUCUGAGUAAUGAAUCAGGUUACUCAGGCAGAGUGGAGUAUUUAGGAGAUAAACAGAAUCACUUCUCCCUCAGACUGAGUGAUGUGAAGAAAUCAGAUGAAAACAUGUACAGCUUCAGAUUCAGAACAACUAAAGAUAAAUAUCAGGGUGUUCCUGGAAUUACACUCAGAGUUACAGAUCUUCAGCUGAUCGCUCCUGCAGAAGUGACAGAGGGAGAAUCAGUCAUUCUGACCUGUAAAACCACCUGCAGUCUGACUGAUCCAACAUUCAUCUGGUACAAAAACACACAUGAUUUAACCACAAACACCUUCAAGAGCAACAAACUCCACCUGCAGAGGGUCAGCAGUGAGGAUGCAGGCAGUUAUAACUGUGCUGUAAGAGGAUCUGAACAUCUCCCAUCUCCUGCUCAAUACCUCAGUGUCAGAUAUAACAAAACCAUUAAUUAUGACACUAAACUGCUUUCUUCACUCUUAUCAUGGAACUCUUUAGAUCCACCAAAGAGCGUCUCUAUCAGUCUCUCUGGUGAGAUUGUGGAGGGCAGUUCAGUGACUCUGACCUGCAGCAGUGAUGCAAACCCACCUGUGGAGACCUACACCUGGUUUAAUAGAACAACAUCAGUGGGGAAAGGAAAGACCUUCACCAUCUCUAAAAUCAGUUCUGAAGACAGUGGAGAGUACAAGUGCAUGUGCAGUAAUAAAGUCGGGCAUCAGAACUCCACCAGUGUAACUCUGAAUGUUCUGUAUCCUCCAAAGAACAUCUCAGUGUCUAUCAGUUCCUCUGGUGAGAAAGUGGAGGGAAGUUCAGUGACUCUGACCUGCAGCAGUGACAGUAACCCACCUGUGGAGACCUACACCUGGUUUAAGGAGAAUGGAUCAUCACCUGUAGGAUCAGGACAGAGUUACAGAGCUCUACAGAGUGGACUGUACUACUGUGAGGUUCAGAAUAAACUCGGCUCUGAGAGAUCAGCUGGAGUGUCCAUCACUUUAACCAUAGAUCAGAGUGUAGGUGUCUAUGCAGGUGUUGGGGGUGUUGGGGUUGUGGGUGUUUGUGUCAUUGGUGUCAUCAUCUUGUGUAAAAGCAGGAAAAAUAAAAGAAUUGACCAAAGUGUAAAAGAGGAUUUUUAUGAAAAUGUAGCGGUGAAUAGAGUCAACGCUGCUUCUGAUUCAGCCUCGGCCAAUCAGAAUGAAGUUCUGUAUGCUAAAGUUGUACGCCAGCGUGCUGUUGAUCUCGGGGAUGCUGGAAGUUCUGCUGCAAUCACUUCUGCCUCUGGGGAGGACGAGGUUCAGUACGCUAAUGUUAAAUUUACACGCACUGGUGCUGACGACAGUUUGCUGAUGACACUACAGUCAUUUGGCCUCAUCCAGGAUGGAGACAAGCCUGCUUACAGACAGGAGGUUAAAGAGCUGUCUGUCUGGUGCAACCACCACAACCUGGAGCUCAACACAUUCAAAGCAGUGGAGAUGAUCGUGGACUUCAGGAGAAAUCCCCCAGCACUCCCCCCACACACCAUCAUGAACAGCACUGUAACAACAGUGGAGUCAUUCAAGUUUCUGGAUCUUCAGCUGAUCGCUCCUGCAGAAGUGACAGAGGGAGAAUCAGUCAUUCUGACCUGUAAAACCACCUGCAGUCUGACUGAUCCAACAUUCAUCUGGUACAAAAACACACAUGAUUUAACCACAAACACCUUCAAGAGCAAUGAACUCCACCUGCAGAGGGUCAGCAGUGAGGAUGCAGGCAGUUAUAACUGUGCUGUAAGAGGAUCUGAACAUCUCCCAUCUCCUGCUCAAUACCUCAGUGUCAGAUACCCACCAGAGAACAUCUCAGUGUUCAUCAGUCCCUCUGGUAAAAUUGUGGAGGGCAGUUCAGUAACUCUGACCUGCAGCAGUGAUGCAAACCCACCUGUGGAGAACUACACCUGGUUUAAUGGAACAUCAUCAGUGGGAAAAGGAAAGACCUUCACCAUCUCUAAGAUCACUGCUGAAGACAGUGGAGAGUACAAGUGCAUGUGCAGUAAUAAAGUUGGACAUCAGAACUCCACCAGUGUAACUCUGAAUGUUCUGUAUCCUCCAAAGAGAGUCUCAGUGUCCAUCAGCAUCUCUUCUAACCAAGUGGAGGGAAGUUCAGUAACUCUGACCUGCAGCAGUGACAGUAACCCACCUGUGGAGACCUACACCUGGUUUAAGGAAAAUGAAACAUCACCUGUAGGAUCAGGACAGAGUUACAGAGCUCUACAGAGUGGACUGUACUACUGUGAGGUUCAGAAUAAACUCAUCUCUGAGAGAUCAGCUGCAGUGUCCAUCAUUAUAAAUGGUGGUUCUGUAAUUGUGAAUGUGGCUGCUGGACUUGGUAUUUUUGCACUUGGAGCUCUUCUCUCUGCCCCCUUCUGGCUGAGAUGCAGGAGACAGAAGAAAAAGUCAGAUGAAGGUGAUCAUCAGAACAUUGGGCUGAGUGCUAAAGACGACACGUAUGCAGCUCUCAACCCUGCAGGCCGGAAAUCUGAUGAUGUUUAUCACACACUUGCAAUUUCUCAUCCCAGUCCUGCUGAUGGCCGUAGGGAGGCCUCGGAGGGGAACGAAGUGACAGGCUUUGGAGAAUCGGUCUUCCACCAUGAGGAUGCAGGGAUGAUGGCUCGGCCUACUGGACACCCUGUGGGGAUUUGUUCUCCUCGUGUGGCCAAACCUCAGGAGACAGUGGAUAGACACGACCCUUUUAGCCCCCAGUACCAGAUUGAUAGUACCACUGUUGAGAAGGUGCCUGGAAAAGCCACUGGGCUGCCGGAUGGCGGUGGAGAAGCCCGGGUGGCGGUAGCUGACGUGAGCGCCACCCGGAGAGUGGCGGUAAGCUCCCUGAUGGGAUCUGAAGCGCCACCCGGCUGUGGAUCUAUUGCGAGACACGAUGUGUUUACUGUAGAAAACAACACUUCCUUAGUUGCAGCAACAAAUUUAGUGAAAGAGAAAAAAAGCAACAACUCCUCCGAAACAACCUUCAACUCUUACACUUUUCUUUACUCUGUUUGGUCGUCGUACAUGAAGGUAGAGGAACACGAACCUCUAGAAAUGAUGUCCAGCGAAAUGGUGACCCAAUUUUUUCUGAUCUUCCUCCUGAUGAUCUCAGGAGCUCUUGGGAAUCAAUGGAGUGUGAAAUACAGCAAACUACAUCUCUGUGCUGUAAAAGGAUCUACAGUGGUUAUGGAGGCCAAUUACACACAUCCAACAGAUGUUACAGUGAAUAACAGGUUUUGGUUAAUAAACCCAGUUAAGGAUGUAGAAGCGACUGAUCUGAGUAAUGAAUCAGGUUACUCAGGCAGAGUGGAGUAUUUAGGAGAUAAACAGAAUCACUUCUCCCUCAGACUGAGUGAUGUGAAGAAAUCAGAUGAACACAUGUACAGCUUCAGAUUCAUAACAACUAAAGAUAAAUAUCAGGGUUAUCCUGGAAUUACACUUAAUGUUACAGAUCUUCAGCUGAUCGCUCCUGCAGAAGUGACAGAGGGAGAAUCAGUCAUUCUGACCUGUAAAACCACCUGCAGUCUGACUGAUCCAACAUUCAUCUGGUACAAAAACACACAUGAUUUAACCACAAACACCUCCAAGAGCAACGAACUCCACCUGCAGAGGGUCAGCAGUGAGGAUGCAGGCAGUUAUAACUGUGCUAUAAGAGGAUUUGAACAUCUCCCAUCUCCUGCUCAAUACCUCAGUGUCAGAUAUCCUCCAAAGAACAUCUCAGUGUCCAUCAGCCCCUCUAGUAAAAUAGUGGAGGGCACUUCAGUGACUCUGACCUGCAGCUGUGAUGCAAACCCACCUGUGGGGAACUACACCUGGUUUAAUGAAACAGAAUCAGUGGGGAAAGGAAAGACCUUUACCAUCUCUAAAGUCAGCUCUAAGGACAGUGGAAAGUACAAGUGCAUGUGCAGUAAUGAAGUCGGGCAUCAGAACUCCACCAGUGUAACUCUGAAUGUUCUGUAUCCUCCAAAGAACGUGUCUAUCAGUUCCUCUGGUGAGAAAGUGGAGGGCAGUUCAGUGACUCUGACCUGCAGCAGUGAUGCAAACCCACCUGUGGAGAACUACACCUGGUUUAAGGAGAAUGAAUCAUCACCUGUAGGAUCAGGACAGAGUUACAGAGCUCUACAGAGUGGACUGUACUACUGUGAGGCUCAGAAUAAACUCGGCUCUGAGAGAUCAGCUGCAGUGUCCAUCACUAUAACUGGGGCUCUAAAUGGAAUGAAUCUAGCUGUGUAUGCAGGUCUUGUGGUGCUUGUGUGUGUUUGCCUCAUUGGUGUUAUCAUCUUGCUUAAAAUGAAAAAUAAAAGAACUGGAUCAACAGUAGACCAAAGUAUAAAGCAGGAAAAUCUUUAUGAAAAUGUAACAAAGAAUCAAGUCGAUCCUGCAUUUGAUUCCGCCUCGGCCAAUCAGGAUGAAGCCCUGUAUGCUAAAGUUGUACGGCGUGCCAAAGACGCUGAGAGUUCUGAUGCAGACGCUUCAGGCUCCGGGGAGGACGAGGUUCAGUACGCGAGCGUCCGAUUUAUUAAUUCUGGUGCUGAAUACAGGCCUUCCAAUGCUGAGGAUCCCAGUGUGAUCUACAGCAGCGUGAAGUAACCAGCAUUCACCUGUUCAUUUGACCUCACCAUCAACCUCCACCUGGUCUUACUGGAGACCUUACUGGAAAGCUUUUAACAGCUUUAUUGGCUUGUUUGUAAAUGAAGCUGGUUUUAAACUUUCAUCUGCGGGUGAGUGUGUCGCCUUCACGCUCUGAUCAUGAGCUCAUCUCGGCUAACAAUCAAUGCAAUUUCAAUUCACCAAUCGGCCUGAAAAUAAUCCAAGUGUAAAGCUAGAUUUAGAUCUUCUGGACACUCGCUGGCAAAAAAAAAAAAAAACAGUAGAUUUCAAAUCUACACUUGUUAAGAAAAACAACUUGAUAAUAUUGGAUACAUAAAUAUGUAUAAAACCUUUAGCUGCCAAUCACAGUUUGUUUAAACAGAGAUGACUCAGUAUAAACGCUGCCCCCAAGCUCCGAAUCCAGUCAAAUUCAUCAUCCGAUUAGUGUCCUUCAAAACCCAUGAAGCUCUAGUAGAAGAAGAACGAGUAGAAUCAACCAACAUGCCAAAAUAAGAGCAACAGCUACCUGAACAUCUGUAAUGACAAUAGCUUUUUCUAAUUCACAUGAUACAAUUAUAUUUUGACACAAUGGAUAUUUAUGAUAAUUCACUUAUUGUUUAUGACAUAUGCAGAAAUAUUUUUUAAUAUUUAAUUACAUUAAUAUAUUUUCAUGUACAUAUGCUAAUUUCUAGUUUGUAUUGUAUUUUAUGUUGUUGUUUUCUGUAACUGGUUACGUGAAAUAUAGAAAUAAUGUGUAUAUUCUGGUGUGUUGAGUCACAGUAUUCCUUUAAACUAAACCUUUUGCUUGUGUGUGUAAUGAAUGAUCUUUUUUUUUUAUUGUAUUUCUUUAUAUGGGUGUGUCUCAGUGUUUCCUGUAAAGUCACAAUAAUUCAGUAGACAACUGUUUUUUCCUCUCUGACAAUCUUUUGCUGUGAAUCCUUUGGCUUGAUAGAAGAACCACAAUGUUAUUUUGCUUAAUAUUUUCAUUUUCAUUAUUAUAUUAAACUCUAUUUUCUCAGGAA